GAGAUGAGACUGAAGCACAACAGUAAUCACGUGAUCUCUCCGUGCUUUACACUCAGCUUACUCAGAGACUGCCUUCGUCUUCGUCAGCAGCCUAGACCUGGAUCCGCCCUCUCUAACUGUAAAGACAGCAGUUCGGGCAGCAGGCAGUGAGCAGAUAUAGCAGGGGCUGGUCUACGAGGAUCAGAGACGGCUGGAAUUGAACACGGGUCAGUGGUUCACAUUGCUCCCUGAAUCAGUGGCAAAUCACCAAGGCUUUCUUUUUGUAUCUGGCUUGACAUUUUCAGAGGAGAAAAAGGAUUUAAGGGGGAGGGAAUCUAUUAAACAAGUAAAGUGUUGCUUCGGAACACAAAGGGCAGCACACAGAAGUGAGACACAUCACACAUCCUGAUACAGAUGAUAAAAACACAGCAGGGAGAGGCACUAUGUUCCAGGAGGGCACUGGGAGGCAGGGGUUAAUGUUGCACUUGGUGAGGGCUGGUGAGCAACACUGUGCUGCUUCCCCUGAGCUCAUGACUUUAUUCUCCGCUCAAUAGUAAGAGAUACAGGAAGGAGAGCAAAUACCCCACCCCCUAAAAAAUAACUUGGCAAUAAGAUGUAUAGGUCCAAGUUUUAAUAGUGGCCCAAUUAUUACUACAGUGUUUACCUCUUUGCAUGCUGUUGAGUUAUUUGCAGGAUUCCUAUUUAUAGGGGUGUAACUACAGAGGAAGCAGAUUAUGCAGUUGGAGGGGGCCGAGGAGGUAUAGAGGGGCCCAUGAUGUCCAAAUAAAAAGCAAUACAACAUAUAUUGGUAAAACAGGACUUCUGAUAUGUUUGGGACCUAAAAUUAAUUUACUGUUUGGCCUGGUAGCAUCUACUUAUUGAUAUAUAUGCCACAUUGAUAUAACCCACUAGACGAGGCAAAGAGGGAAGGGUAGAUAAAAACAUGGAAAACGAAUACAGUGGAACCUCAAUUUUACAUCCCCUAAUUUUAAGUUUUCCCCUAUUCUACAUUGUUGUUUAGCAGUUUCACCUAUGUAAUACAUUUCCCUGAUUUUACAUUUUCCUGGAUUUUACACAAUCAUUUUCUGGUCCCCUGAAAAACGUAAAAUGGGGGUUCUACUGUAUUAGUAUAAUUAUUAACAACUAUUUUUAUAAAGAUAAAUCUAUUAUAGAAAGUAUUAUAACCAUUUUAGGGGCUUGGGAUACUUGUUCUUGUGCUGUACGGUAGACAGCCAACUAUUUUUAUUAAGGUAGAUCUCCUGAUGGGACCCAGGUGUCCAUAGUAGAUCCCAGGGUAACAAAGUCUGGGCACCCCUGUACUAUAGGAUCAGCUGAACCCAGACAAUGCCAGGAUUAGAGGGCCCCAGACCUGUGACAUCUCACCACAUACACUAAUAGGAUGUCUGCAAUACAAUGCAUGCCGUUAUAACAGUAACAGCAGACCCCAGACAAAAUGGUAUAUAUAUUUCAUACAUUACUAAUUAUUGUUAUUAUCAUGACAGUUGGAAAACAGAAUGCAAUCAUUUUAUCAGUUCAGUAAACAACGCAUCAUUCUACAGCAGGGGUGUCCAACCUGCGGUCGCUCUUUGAUAGGAUUGUGCCACUGUCAUUACUAGCGGCGCAGGCCAGACUCCCCGAACUGUCUUUGUGUGCCUGGCCUGAGUAGUACAAACGAGACUCUAGUAAGGUUACGUAGCUUCUCGUUUGCUUCUUAGGCACGUUAGUUUGAGAAGGUCGCUAGUAUAAAAGUCUCUCUAGCUUUGUGCGCAUUCUCAUUAAAACUGUGCACGGAGCAGCCAUUAACUAUGUGCUGAAGUUGUUUAUAUGCCCUGGUGUAGGCAGAGGCUACUCCAGUCACUUACCUAUAUAAAUAUAUUAAGCACUUACUGUAUCAUCACCUCUGUGGGCUCUGUGGCAUCUCACCACAUACACUAAUAGGAUGUCUGCAAUACAAUGCAUGCCAUUAUAACAGUAACAGCAGACCCCAGACAUAGGUACCAAUAAAAAAAUAGUCCCCAAACCCUGUGGCCCACCAGCUAUAAUGAAAAACAGACCCCAGACCAUGUGGCCCCCGCAUUAUGUACCAAUAAUUAAAACAGACCCCCAAACCCGGUGGCCUACCAGCUAUAAGUAAAAACAGACCCUAGACCAUGUGGCCCCCACAUUAUGUACCAAUAAUAAAAGCAGACCCCCAAACCAUGCGGCCCAUCAGCUAUAAGUAAAAACAGACCCCAUUCUAUGUGGCCCCCGCAUUAUGUACCAAUAAAAAAAAAAAACAGACCCCAGACCUGCGGCUCACCAGCUAUAAGUAAAAACAGACCCCAGACCUGCGCCCCCACCUCUUUCUGUGGAACCAAAAUAACAGACCUCGGAUCAGGAGUGACCCGAAAGUGAAGCAGAGAUCCUGUCCUACAUGAAGAUUCAGCGUUACUGUCAGCAGUGUAGAGCAGCCAAAAGAAGCAUCCGUUCCGUUGGAGAUGCAGCUAGAAAAUGAAGCCACAGUACCGACGCCUUCCUGAAGACUUGGUUGCUACGUGACGUCACUUCUGGAGAGACAGGAAGUCGGGUCCCGGAAGAGAGACACAGCAGCGCGCACGUAGAGAAGAAGAAGGAGAACAAGCAAGAAGAUGGCAGAGACCGCUUGGACGCCGUGGGACAGUGCCGGUUUGAGGUUUCUCCAACGUCUAACCCAAACAGCAGGAAAGAUCAGCAUUUUGUAGUUUCAGGAAACUUUGUGGUGUCAGUGCAGGAGAUCAAAGAGAAUCAAAGAGGACAUUUAAAUAAGAAAUCCGGGACUGCCGGCUGAGCUGUCAAAAUCGGGACUGUCCCACAGAAAACAGGACAGUUGGGAGGUAUGAGACUAGACUGCCCAUAGGUUUCUUCAUAUGACAGAGCUGCUGAAGUUAAAUGUGCCAGUUCAUGUGCACUGCUGUUUCUCAGGUUACAUGGGCAGUGGCACAGCAUGUGGAGCAAGCCUAGCAGCACAACACACAGAGUGGAGAAGAGAGGUAACAUCAACUUUUACUUUGCCUUGGUUCUGUGACCACAAAUAACGCUAAGGUACUUCCCUUACUCUGUCAGAAGGGGGAUGAGUUUCUUCUCUAUUCAUAGAAACAUUCACAAAAGUGAGCACCCACGUGUGAAGGUGGUUUGCAGGGUUUCCCUCCUGCUGCUGGAAGCUAAAGAUGGGUAUGAGGAUCAAACUAAACAGCAGCGACCAUCCCAGCAACUUGCUGCGGGAAUUAAACAAAGCAAGGCUGUCCGAGACAUUGUGCGAUGUUACUAUUGUUGUGGGGAACCGAUCCUUUUCAGCUCACAAAGCUGUUUUAGGCUCUGCAGCAUGUUAUUUCCACAAGCUGUUCUUAAGCACUGAACUUGAUGUAGCGCGUACAUAUGUCGUGGACUUCAUAACCCCCACUAACUUUGAAAAAGUGUUAAGCUUCAUCUAUACUUCUGAGCUAUUCACUGAUCUGAUAAAUGUGGGUGUCAUUUAUGAAGUAGCAGAAAAACUUGGAAUGGAAGAUUUGCUGAAAGCCUGCCAUGCAACCUUUCCAGAUUUAGAGGGAUCCUCUGGACAAAAAAAUCAAUGCUCUGUGUCCUCAAGUGAAGGCCGUACACGCACCCUAAGUGUUGCUUCGACAGAGCAAAGCCACGGUGAGUCUAAAGGCAAUGGAUUGGAUAAUCACAUAAAUAACACCGAUAAAAGUUUAACUGGCCAAGGAGAUAAUUUAACAUGCUUUAAAGGUGAGGAACAGGAUGCUAAUUUGAACAAAUCCUUAAAUUUUGGGUUACAUGCUAAAUCUGAAGAGCAAAGCACAUCAGCGAGAUAUCAGUCCUCUCAAUGUUCAGUUAAUUCUGGGUUUGUCCCAACGAGUAGCUGUCAGCAGUACAAACCCCAACAUAAUGGGGAGUACAACAAAAGUGGGUACUUUUCUGGGGAUACUUCCAUACAUGUGAACCCAAAGGAAUCUCCAGGAGGCUUUGAGGCAAUGGGAGAGCUACACCUUGACGAGCUUGAAGAAGAGGAGCUGCAGUUUGAUGAGGGUGGAGAUGAAGAUUCAGGCCCUUCAGGGGAAGUCAUUGAACUUAGUGAUGGCAGUGAAGAUGAAUUGCUCAUAUUCGGGCAAGGAGAAUCACGAAGUAGCAAAGCAAUGCCAUGCCAAGUGUGCAAGAAAGUACUGGAACCAAACUUGCAGCACAUUCGUCAACAUGCGAGGGAACAUGUAGACCCCCGCACUGGCAGCUGCAAGGUGUGCCAAGCUCGCUUUCAUGACCGUGGUGCUAUGGUUACUCAUGUCUUGUCUCACAUAGGUAUUUUUCUGUUUUCCUGUGAUAUGUGCGAGGAUAAAUUCUUUAGCCAGUGGCAGCUCACUCUCCAUCGUGGACAAGAAGGAGUAGUAUCGGAGCACAAUAUUAUCGUACAACCAGGUCAGCCACUUCCAGGUGAAGUAAAUGCAUUUGUUGGGACAAUGGGUACUGAGCUACCUUGUGGAGCCUGUCACCGGACAAUGCUAAGGGAUUUUCACUCUGUACGAUCUCAUGCCCUUGAACAUCUUAACUCAAAGGGAUUAUCUUGCAAUUUGUGUGAACAAAGGCAUUUGUCACUCUGUGGAUUGAUGUGGCAUGUUUUAUCGCACAUGUCUAUAUCUGUUUUCUCAUGCUCACUCUGUGCUAGCAGCUUCCUGGAACGGCACCUUCUAGAGAAGCACAUGGCUGUUCACCAAAGCCUAGAUGAGCCUUUGUUUCGUUGCCACCUCUGUUCCCAAGGCUUUAAAUUGGAAUCUGCAUAUCGGCAACAUUUAGGCCAGCAUCGAUGUGGAAGCAUUCCUGCAGACCGCCCUGGGUUUCCUGAAUUCUCUCACGCUCAACUGGGAACUUCUAAGAGAAAAUUGACAGAGGAUUAUUCAGUGGACGAGCAUUCACUUUCAGGACAGACAGGCCACAGCAAGUACACCUGUAAAGUGUGUGGGAAAUCCUUCUCCCAUACCAGUGAGUUCAAUUACCAUCGGCGUAUUCACACUGGGGAAAAGCCGUACCAGUGCAAAGUUUGUCACAAGUUCUUCCGUGGUCGCUCAACCAUCAAGUGCCACCUGAAGACACAUGCAGGGGCCCUGAUGUACAGGUGUACUGUUUGUGGACAUUACAGCUCCACUCUAAACCUCAUGGGAGAGCAUAUUGCAAUUCACCGGGGCAACUUACCUGCAGACUUCACUAUUGACCAAACAUUUAUGUACACGAUUCACUCCAAAGAAACAGAUAAGAGCGGUGAAAGCUGAUACUAUUACAGGUGAACUGAACAGAGGGCUAUAGUUCCCCCCACCUCCCGUUUUCAAUCUAUAAUGACCCAUUCAUGUGAGGUGGUUUGAUGAAUUAAAUUGAGUGUAUUUCCCUGAUUUAACUAUUUGCUACUCUUUUUUAAUGGGCGUUCAGUCUGCAUUUCAUUACUUGUGUAUUAUAAAUUUGUCCAUAUCUUUGAUGGUUUUGAAUCCAGGUUACUAAUUUAAUAUUUUUAUUUAAA